UACCGGCUUUUCUCUAUCCCCCCGGCGUCCUAAAACCCUAUAAAACCUCUGUAGAGGAAGAAGAAGACGAUCGAAUCUCACUUUUCAGGCUUCGUCUAUCUCUUACCAUGGCUUCUACUUGUAAUAGAUUCAUGAGCAGAUCCUCCGUCUCGUCUCUCAGAUCCGCCAUCAGAUCUUCGCUCCACAAAUCUCCAAUUGGCACCGGUUCUUCGCCGACUGCUUCCUCCGCCGGAUUUCGAAUUCCGUCUAAACCCGCUGCUUCUCCCCGAUUCUCCUUCUCCAGGUGUCCAUCUGAGCUUGGCUGUGUUCAGUCGCUGUUACCGCUUCACAGCACGGUGGCGGCUGCUCGGUUGACGUCGUGCCUUAGCACAACCUCCAGAAGCAGCCAAGCUCUCUCUCAGGGUACUCUCUGCUGCACCUCUCCCGACCUCUAAUACUCUUUUCUGCUUUCUUGCUUGCACAUAAUUUCACCGUUACCAUGUGGGAUCCUUGCAUCUUUAUCAAAUGGAAUCGAUGGCACGUGAGACGUAUUUGCAGUUGUUUUUAAAGAGAUGGGCCUUUCCGUCCCAAGGUGACCUGAUAACAUUCAUGAAGAGUAUUCCUAUCAAGGGAGGCAAGUUUCUUCUCUUAAAACUUGAGACAAGAAGUUGAUUCUUUGUUUGCGACUCCAAACUCUUGUUUUUCUUUUUAUGAAUACAAAAAUAUGUAAUACUAUUUCUCCUCUUUACACGAUUCAUCUCUCAGAUUAUAGCCAUGUUUGAUUUCGUAACUAGUUUGACAUUGUGUUUACAUAACCAAAAGCUCAAAACUCAAAAUCUACUAACGUUGUAUUGCAACAUUCUGCUCUUGAAUCCAGCUAGAGCCAACUUCUUUCUCCACGCCUUUCUCUCUCAUUGUCUUCCUAAUUUGACUAACUUCUCUCCAUCUCUCAUGGUAAGCAUAAAGAUUCGACAUCGCUAUAUAUAGGUACUCAUCUUCAUCGGCUUCCCCUAACGCAACGAUCUUAGCGGCGACGGCUUUUGCAGCUUUCAGAUCUUUUCCAGCACUACAAGCACCAAGCAACGCCCUCCAAGCCACACCAUCAAACCCAAAACCGAAUUCAUGAAUCACCUUUUUCGCUUGCCAAACCUCUCCUCUCUGCGCCAUAGCUCUGAUAAGAGAACAACAAUGCUCUACACUUGGUUUGAUCGAAUACUCGUUUAUCAUCAUCUCAAAGAAACCAAGCGUGAGCUCCAUUGGAACUUCGCAAUGAGAACACACAGCUAAUAGAUUCAAGAAUGUGAACCGAUCAGGUUUCAAGUAUCUCUCUUGUUUCAAUUGGUUAAAGAGCUUGAUUGCCUCGGUUGAAUCGCCAUUACGAGCAUAACCAGCGAUCAUCGCGUUCCAAGCAAUCAGAUUCUUUCUAGGCAUCGUCCAAAACAUCAGCUCAGCCUGCGUCAACAAUCCACAUUUGGAAUACAUAUCUAUCAGAGCACUUGCGACAACAACUCGAGAGUCUAGGCCAAGCUUGAGAGCACAAGAAUGGACGAGACUUCCCCAUGGAACCACAGCGAGAGAAGCAAUGGCGUCCAGAACUAUUGACAAACUGUACUCGUCGAAUCUGACGCCUGACGAAUGCAUUUUGGUGAAAAACUCAGUAGCUUCUCCAAAUUGAUCACCGUUGACAUAGCCUGUCAGUAUUGUGUUCCAUGAAGAUGAAUUAGGGUUUGGCAUACUCGAUAGAAUCUGAAAGGCAUUGCUAAAAUCCCCGGACUUGACGAAAGCAUCGAUAAGCUCGUUGUAGGUUACAGUGUCUGGAUUUGGCAUCUGAUGGAAAAACCAAAGUCCCAGCUCCAGCUUACCGUUCCUUGAGCAGGAAGCUACAAUGGCAUUCCAAGAAACUGUAUCCUUUUCUUCCAUGUCUUGGAACACCAAAACUGCAUCAUCCAUGGAACCACAUUUCCCGUACAUGUCGAUUAGACAAUUACCAACUACGACAUUGCCUUUCUCUAUGCCAAGUUUCACAAUCUUUGAGUGAACGCAAGCUCCAAGCCACGAGAUUUGCAAUCGUGCACAAGCAGUUAAGGCGGAUGUAAAAGAGAAUUCGUUGGGGAAGGCGUCAGAUCUGUGAAGGUCGAGAAACAAACAGAGUCCUUCCUGGAACCUUCCCGAUUGAACGUAACCAGAAACCAAUGAGUUCCAAGAGAUGACAUCUGGGUCAGUCAUUUCAUCGAACAGUUUGUGAGCAUCUUCCAGCGAGUCGCUUGUCUUGUAAAAUCUCAUCAGCGAAUUCGAAAGACGCGUAUUUGAGACAAACCCAUGUUUUACGACGUAGCCAUGAAGCUGCCUGCACAGAGAAACGUAGCCAUGGUUUCCGGAGACGCGGAGCAAGUGAGCCAGCGGAGAAGCAUCGUCUGGCUUGUCGCCGUCAUUGAGCAAAUCAACAGCAGCGUGUAAUGCGUCGAUCAAACCGGACUGAGCCAGAGCAGGAAUGACGGUGGUCCAUGAGUUUGAAGAGGCAGUGGAACCAACAUAGAUCCUUGUCGAGUAGACACGAGAUGUGGCGAAAACUGUAAGUUUGUUCGACACGAAUCUUAGCAUUUGAUUUGUACCCUUUUAAACAGAUGGACACAUGAUAUGUAUAUAAUCAAAAUUCCAUUUUUUGGUAAACCUUCCAAGAAAAAAGAAUAAGAAAUUAUUUUGGGGAAGAUUGCAGAGCAGUUUGGUGAGAUUGAAGGUUUGGAUAAAAACGGCUUAAAAUAGACAUAAAAGUUAUUUGGAAAGUAGCAAAUAUAGGUGGAAUAACAAUGGAGGGUCUGUUUUCUGACAGAAGAAAUAUUGGAGGAAUAUAAUGAGAGAGUAAAGGAGAGAGAGAGACAGAGAGGAAGAAAAAUGGUGAUUUCAGAUAUAUUUUCUGAAUGAAGUUUUUUUUCCGUAGAAUUCUAACAAUCGGUGCUCAAUCUCCAAGAGGAGAAGAUGAAGAAGGACAUGAUAGAAGAGGUGGUGAUAGUAGGAGGUUUAGUCAUUGUUCAAUUUGUAUACGCAGGAAACUCUUUGCUCAUGAGUUAUUUGAUGUCACUUGGUCUCGGCCCUUUCACCAUUGUCAUCUUCUCUACCUUCGCCACUUUCUUAAUCCUCUCCCCUUUCGCCGUCCUUUUCGAAAGGAAGCAAUGGCCAAAGGAUUUUAGCUCGAGGCUCAUUGGUAAGCUAGUUUUGAUCUCCUUUGCAGGGGUUACUCUGUUCCAGUCUCUGUUUCUAGAAGGAAUCAGGUUGACAUCACCAGCAAUGGCCACAGCGAUGCCUAAUCUCGCUCCUGGUCUCAUUUUCUUCAUCGCUUGGAUCGUUAGGUUAGAGAAGAUGAAUAUAAGAUGUGUGUACAGCAAACUGAAGAUCUUAGGGACAUUGUUGUGCGUGUUCGGCGCUUUAACAAUGAGUUUAAUGCACAGCGCUUCGAUCAGACAUGACGAAGAACACAAUGCUCCAGUAUUCGAGUUUGAUCGUGACAGAGUCGUGGGAUGUAUGUACCUUCUCGGAGCUGUCUUUGUCUUAUCAACCAACGUCGUUCUUCAAGCUUCGACGUUGGCUGAGUUUCCGGCUCCGAUUUCGUUAAGUGCGAUAACGGCAUUGAUCGGAGUGGUGAUAACAACGUUGGUACAAUUAUUGCAAAACCAGAACGCAAGAGUACUUACCAGAUCAUUAAUUAGUAUCGGGAACCUCGUUGGGUUUUCUCUUCUGGGAGGGAUGGUGAGUGGAGCAUGUGUUAGCUUUAAUGGAUGGGCGAUGAAGAAACGUGGACCGGUUUUUGUUUCAAUGUUUAGUCCUUUCGCUACCGUUGUUUCGGUUGCGUUCUCCGUUUUUACAUUAGGAGAGUCCAUUAGCCUUGGAAGUGUGGGAGGGAUGGCGUUGAUGUUCAUAGGACUGUACCUUGUGUUAUGGGCUAAAGGCAAAGAAGGAUUCUCACUAAUUGAGGGUUUUGAGAGUGAGUUCGACGCUAAGAAGCCUCUUUUGUCUUGAUUCUUGUUUUGUUCGUUUUUUCUUCUUCUUCGUCUUGUUUAUAUACAAAAAUGGUCCUGAGAUUGAAUAUAUUGAGCUUUUUUAGUCACUAUAUUUAGGGUUUCUAUUCGACAUUUUAAACGGAGAAAAUGGAAAUCUAUAUUUUUUCCCGUUUUGUAUUGAUUUUUUUCCUCGCAGAGCAUUGAUAGAAGAUCGAUGAAGUCACAAA